AUGGCUCUCGUCCGCCAGCGCCGCCAGCUGCCGCACCUCACCCUCCCGCUCGACCACUUCGCCCUGCGCCUGCCGCCGCAGCCUCAGCCCACCGCCGCGCCGUCUACCUCCACCUCCACGUCCGACGCCCGCCUCUCGGACUACGAGAGGCUCUCCGUUCUUGGCCACGGCAACGGCGGCACCGUGUACAAGGCGCGGCACCGGCGGUCCGCGCAGCCGGUCGCGCUCAAGCUCUUCGCGGACGGGGACACCUCCGCGGCGCGCGAGGCCGAGAUACUCAUGCUCGCCGCGGACGCGCCCCACGUCGUGCGCCUCCACGCGGUGAUCCCAUCGUCGGCGUCAGCGGUCGCCGCCGGGGAGGCUCCCACGGCGCUGGCGCUGGAGCUCAUGCCGGGGGGCUCCCUCUCGGGCCUGCUCCGCCGGCUGGGCCGACCGAUGGGGGAGCAGCCCAUCGCCGCCGUGGCGCGGCAGGCGCUCCUCGGGCUCGCCGCGCUCCACGCGCUCCGCGUCGUGCACCGCGACCUGAAGCCGUCGAACCUGCUGGUCGGCGCCGGCGGCGAGGUGAAGAUCGCCGACUUCGGCGCGGGCAAGGUGCUGCGGCGGCGGCUGGACCCCUGCGCGUCCUACGUCGGCACGGCGGCGUACAUGUCCCCCGAGCGGUUCGACCCGGAGGCGUACUCGGGCGACUACGACCCCUACGCCGCCGACGUGUGGAGCCUCGGGGUGGCCAUCCUGGAGCUGUACCGGGGCCACUUCCCGCUCCUGCCCGAGGGCCAGCGCCCGGACUGGGCCGCGCUCAUGUGCGCCAUAUGCUUCGGCGAGGCGCCGGAGCCGCCGGCCGCGGCGUCGGAGGAGUUCCGGGACUUCGUGGCGCGGUGCCUCGAGAAGAAAGCCGGCCGGCGCGCGUCGGUGGCCGAGCUGUUGGAGCACCCGUUCGUCGCCGAGCGGGACGCCGCCGGCGCACAGCACGCGCUCGCUGCGCUCGUCGCAGAGGCGGAGCAGCGCGACCAAUAA